AUGCUGCAGGGUCGUAUUCCAAGAUCAAUUUUUCAACUUGUAAACCUCACCGUGCUUGAUCUGUCGUUAAAUAACUUUAGUGACAGUGUAGAGUUAGACAUGUUUUCAGAGCUCCAAAAUCUUGAAUUUCUUGAUCUUUCGCAUAAUAGUCUGUCAUUGAGCACAAAAAAUGGUGUCAACUUUGCAUUGAACAAACUCCACUUCUUGUCCUUGUCGUCUUGUAACUUGACUGAGUUCCCCAAUUUCUUGAGAGGUUCAAAGGUUCUAAGGAUCUUAGACCUUUCCAAAAACAUAAUUCGAGGCCCGAUUCCCCAAUGGAUGUGGAAAGUUGGGAAGGAAUCUUUGUUACAUUUAUACCUUGACCAUAAUUCUCUAACAGGUCCUGUGCAAUUCCCAUGGAAGAAUGCGCUAACUCUCUACCUGCAGUCCAACCGGUUUCAAGGAGUGCUUCCAAUUCCACCCGUUCAGACAUCUUUCUUUUCCAUCGCAAACAAUUACAUGACAGGAGAGAUUUCUUCUUCGAUUUGCAACAUCAGUUCCCUGAGAAUUAUUGACGCAUCACAUAACAACUUGAGCGGCAAGAUUCCUAGUUGUCUUUUCAACUUUAGCAACACUCUUUCAGUGUUGGAUCUGAGGGCAAAUGGUUUCCACGGAACAAUCCCCACAACAUUUGUCGAGCCCUGUAGCUUAGAGAAUCUCAACUUCCAUGGAAACCAAAUGGAAGGGCCAUUACCAAGAUCUUUGGCCAAUUGCAGGAACCUUCAGGUUCUAGACCUUGGCAGCAACAAGUUGAGUGAUACAUUUCCCAAUUGGUUGGAAACUCUUCCAAUGCUACAAGUUCUCGUUUUGAGUUCAAACAAAUUCCAUGGUUUUGUAAACAAUUCCGGAGCAAGACUACCUUUCCCCAAGCUACGAGUCUUAGACCUCUCGAACAAUGAUUUUGUUGGUCCUUUCCCAGCUUGGUACAUUGAAAAUCUAAAAGCAAUGGCAAAUCUCACAGCUGACAGCAAAAGUUCUUCACAGUACAUGCAAGGAAGCCGCUCGUAUGAUUAUUCAGUAGUUUUGACAAUAAAAGGACAACAUGUUGAAUUGGAGAAAGUUUUAACCACAUUCACAAGCAUUGAUCUCUCCAAAAACUACUUUCAGGGAGUGAUUCCAGAAGUUAUAGGAAAGCUUAAUUCACUUAGAGGGCUGAAUCUUUCUCAUAACAACUUCUUUGGUCAUAUUCCACCAUCAUUGGGAAACUUAGCCAAUCUAGAAUGGUUAGAUCUAUCAUCUAACAAGCUUAUUGGUGAGAUACCAGAGGAAUUGGUAGAUUUGACAUUUCUUGCCCUUUUAAACCUUUCCAGGAAUCAACUCGUCGGACCAAUACCUCAGGGCAAACAAUUCAACACAUUUGAAAACAGUUCAUAUGAAGGAAACUUGGGGUUAUGUGGUUUUCCAUUGUCAAAAGCUUGCAAUGAAACUGAGAUGCAAAAGCCAACCAUGCCAAGGGAAGGCUCAGGUAUUGAAUUUGGAUGGAAAGUUGUGGCGAUGGGGUAUGGCUGUGGAUUGAUAUUUGGACUGGCUUGUGGAUGUCUUGUCUUUCAAACUGGAAAACCAAAAUGGAUUGUGAAUUUGGUUGAAGGCAAACGGCUUCAAAAUGGAAAAAGAUCAAAGAAGAACAGAAGAAAUUAGUUAUUAUAUAUAGUGGCAUUUCCAUUUUGCCUGUGGUU